UCGUCGAGGAAAACACAGGCACCGACAUCAUACUUGGCCGCGUGAAUAUCACAAGGCAGGUCAGUGAAAAUAUGAAGUCGGUGAAGUUCCGAUGUGAGACCUCCGAUUGGCAAGGGACACUAGCCUCACCUCACUAUACAUUCACUGCCUACUGCCCAGGUCCAAAAGGUAUCACAUGGAGCUCCGACGACUCGAAGGUCUUCUCUCAGUCAUCCAUUCUGCGUUGCUCAAUGAAAGACGGUUGUGCAAACCCUGUGUUUCAGUGGAGGUGGUUGGCUGGCCCCAUACCCCAGUUGACUGUGCUCACAGACGAUAUGCACGUGAAGAUCUACGAGAGAGGUGCGGAACUCCGACUCACUCACCUGUCACGGAGUGGGACAUAUGUAUUCCAGUGUAGUGUGACCUGUCGUUGUGGAGAUGAGGUGAGUGUGGGACUGGUCGAAGCUACUAUUCUGUUCGACAACGAAGUGAUGGGUGAGUCUGAGUUCGAUUGGAGAGAUGACGAGUCAGGUGAAGUAGAGUCGGAUGUGACUGACUCGCGCUUUGAUAUGACACCUUCUGAAGGACAGUUGCUGCAGAGUGGGGAUCUGGAAAGUGAUGCUGGCUACCCAGAUAUUGACUCAGACACUGUGUUGAGAGACGAGGAAGUGGAUGAAGAAGCGCAGGAGCAGGAAGGUCUCGACACGCGACGAGAUGGGAAGACAAUUCGGAGUGAAGCUUCAACAGACACGGAAUAUGGUGGUGAGCCUGAUUCCGACAUUCCUGAGUAUGACCAGAAUGAACUCGUUGAGAGACGCCUGAAGAAGAAAAAGAGGAAGAAGAAAGGUAGGAGGAGGAGGAAGAGUGAGGAGAGGAGAAAAGAUGAGGAGACAGGGAGGCAGGAGCGAGGAUAUUCGGAUGAUGAAAGAGACCAUGAAGCACCUGCAUAUACCAGGAUUCCAGGAGAGAUUUCCGAUGUGGGGGAGUGGAGUGAGACUGAAGUGGAAGGUAGACAGGUGACACCUGUGGGAUGGAAACAGACUCAGGAACCUGGUGAAUCCGAAUCGAGUGAUGUGUCCUCCCAGGUGCACCGGCGGAGAGAGCGGCGACAUCCUGAUGCGGGAGGGGAAGUUCCUCACCCAUGGGGAAAGCAGGAAGAUUCCGACGAAGACAGUGACGAAUCUGGUGAAGUUCUGGGUGACAGACGACGACGCCUCACAGAGUGGGAUGUCACUGAUUGUGAAGAAGUCGGCCCUCGACCAGGUGUUUACGGGCGUGGAGUUGGUGGAACACGAGAGGCAGAUAUUGUGAAGACUGAUUCCAAACUGGACACAUACCGGAAGAGAAUGAAAGGGAAGGAGGGAAGAGGUGAGGGUGUUGUUGGUGCAGGUGAAGCUGGAGACCGGAGUGAUGAGCGAAGCGUCAUUAGGCCAGAUUCUGAUGUUCUGCAUGUCGUGGAGUCAUUACAGUCAUAUGAUGACUCACAAGACGAACACAGGAAACGCGCUUAUCAGGAACCCGUCAGAACUGGUGUCAAGAGAAAACCAUCAACAGCCAGUUGUAGACAUCAAUGUGGAUCAGAGACAUCCUACAAAUUUGAAGAUACUGAGGAACGCGAUGGUUGGAGAAAUAAUGAGAAACGCCUGUCGGAGGUGCCGAUUCGUCGAGUUGGAGGGACUCAGCUUGACGGAUUGCACAAACGAGGCAGAGUACCACCUUACACACCACCUUACAUCGCCACUUCUGAUGACGAUGACACCGGUUCCGUGAGGAUGUUUGUCAAGUGUUUCGAAGUGGGCGAUUUAGAGAACGGGAAGUUCAGAAUCAAGAGAAUACUUCAUCGUUACCUUAGUCGAAACAAAUUCAUGUUGAAAAAUCUGCCUCUCCACUACGUCUUCGAGGAGUUGAGCAGACAUUGCGACCAGUUGACUCUGAGAGACUCCAUAACACUCCCGUCGACCAGGAUUCAUCCUCAACAAGUGGAUCUAUCAUUCUUCAGAUAUCCACCUGAAUCAGUGGGAGAGGUUCAGUCGACUGCAUUCGGCUCAUCACCUUCUUCACACUUGUCUCGUAUUUCAUGGAAACACCAAUACAACAUGGGCCAUAUUCCACGAGACGACAAUCCUACUGUCAAACGGAGGAAGAAACUUUCUGUCAUCAUUCAACCCAAUCCGAUCGUCGCCAACUCCGUCACAACUCUCGGGUGUCCAGCAGUGUUCUCCAAUGUCGCGAGAUAUUCGAAGCCACUGCACAUCACGUGGAUACGCAAUUCGGGGACAAGCAGUGUUUCACGCCAGAACACCUCACAAUCGAUCGUCACGUUUCCGACGAGCCGUCGUCACAUCGUUUCAGAUGACAACAGCUGGUCUUCGAAAACGUAUAUUUAUCCACCAUACAGGUGGCCUAUCCACUACACGCUCGAUAUCAAGCCAACCGACACGAAGAGCUUUGGUUAUUUCAGCUGUGUUGUCACAUACAAGGCAUCGAAUACACUGGUCAAUGCCACCUACCAUUCCACAACGCCACUCUGUAUUGUCCAUCCAACUGAGAAACCACAAGUCUCAGUCAUCAGUAUGCACUCACCACAACUCACUGAGAACUAUGAUGACUCCGCUUGCUAUGAACCUGGAGAAGAGAUCGAAGCUCACUGUCAUGUUUCACUAUUCCGGCUGUUCUGUGAAGAUGAUGACGAGGAAGUGGCCGGUUUUCGAAUGAUUCAGACCGUUGUUUCACUAUCGCUGAUCAGUGGAGACAAGCAUUCCAGCAUCGAGGUGAUCAGAUCAGAUGACCUAAUCCCACAACACGGUAGCAAUACAAAAAGCAAACACACUCACCACGCUAAAUUCAGACUACGUCUGUUGUCUGAACACAAUCGAGCCCACCUGAUGUGCACUGUUCGACCGGAUGUUGUACUGCCGAAUAUCAAAUCGCCAGUCUACGGACAGUGGUUAAGUCGGAGGGUGAAUUACGACGAUCGAAAUAAACUGACACGAUCAUCGAAGCCAAUCGAGUUAUGUGUAUCUGGCGAUUCCUACAAAUCAGAUUAUGCUGGCGUAUCAUCAGUGGGCGGUGAAUCUAAUGAUGAGGAGGUACUUCGCCUCACAGUCCGACCAUCCGAGGUGGUCAGUUGCACGAGUCCCAACCCCAUCUUCACACCAACCAUCAAAGUCUACGAAGUUACCACACAGACACUUGUCAAAUCUCGUCAAUUGAAUUGGUCUGUUCGUAGUGACGAAGGAACUGCAAGCUUGACUCUACCUCGAGAUUCCACUCACAACAAAAUCUACAGAAUCCAUUGUGAAAUCCACCAGCUCAGUUUGAAACAGCUCAUCAUCGUACGAGUUCGCGAUUACAAUGUUCGCCAGCUGGAUAUGUACAUUGGACAGUCGGUGAUGCUUUGCAUCUCCAUCGCCACUACCCUGGUAUUACUUUGGCUUCGCCUAAUCUAUCCUGGGAGGAUUCGUCUGCAUUAGUGUACAAUGAAGAAUGUGGUCAAGGAACAGAUUUUCUUUAUCUCUUGUCAACACUAUUCACGAUUACUCAUCAUCACUGAGCGUCAACAUUCUCUCUUGGAUCGGUUGACCUCGAUGUCUGUCUCAACGUGUACAUUACUCCUGUCAACCAUUGAUGAUGCUUCAAAUCUGGAUUAUUGAUUGACUUCCAAAUACGUGAAGUAUGCAGUUUGUAAUUUUUAUUUUUCAUUCAGCUUUUGAUUUCUCAGCAAGAGUUUUUGUUUAUCACUACGUGUACUCACUCACUCACUCACUUACUCACUACUUACU